AUGCGUCGCAGAGUCCAGGACGAAGUUGCCGCGGCGAAAUCUGCGGCAAAGCGCAAAACAACUGUAGAAGGCUGGAUUUUGCCCAAACAAGAAUCCAGCUGGGCUCCCGCGGGGACAUGGACGAAUAUCGAUCUUGACGUUACUCCCCCUGAACGUCGCACUUGGACAAAUUGGACGAUCCUAGGCUACUGGAUCAGCGAUGUGAUCAGUAUUCAAAGUUGGGAAACAGGAAGCAGCAUCCUUGCAGUUGGACUGUCAUGGCGCGAGGCGAUUUUCAGUAUCGUCUUCGGUUCCAGCGUUAUGGCUGUACCGAUGACACUCCAUGGUUACGCAGGUUCCAAAACUCAUGUCCCUUUCGCUGUUCUUACACGCAGUUCCUUUGGCUAUCAUUUCGCCAAAUUUCCCGUGGUCGUACGCCUCGUCACUUGCUUCUUCUGGCAUGCCAUCACGAACUACCUCGCAGUGGCACCGACAACGCAAGUGAUACGCGCAAUUUGGCCUUCCUAUCAGGAUAUCCCUAAUCAUCUCCCGGAAUCCGCUGGAAUCACCACUCAAGAGAUGAUAUCAUAUUUCAUUAUUUGGGCCCUACAGUUCCCCUUGCUGACAAUUCCGCCAUACAAGAUGAAGUGGCUUUUCAUGGCCAAGACUGUUAUGAUCACGGCCACUAUAUUAGGCAUGGUGAUCUGGAUUUGUACCCGAGCCAAUGGUUCUGGCAGUAUAUGGGAUCAGCAAGCAACGGUGACGGGUUCACAGAAGGCCUGGUUAACCAUGUGGGCACUGAAUAGUUGCACUGCGAGCUGGUCAACAGUUGGCGUAAAUAUACCUGACUUUACUCGCUAUAUAGGCGCACCGAGGACAUCCUUGUCUCAGGGUCUGUGGUUCCCUGUAGUUUGCAGCUGGGUUGCCGUUAUUGGAAUUGUAGUCACGUCGGCAUCGAUCACGCGCUAUGGACAGGCCCUAUGGGACCCUAUAUCGAUUAUAGAUACCUGGGACGGCCCUGCCGGAAGGGCCGCCACCUUCUUCGCGGGUAUAAGCUGGUGUUUGGCGCAGGUCUGCGUAAACAUCAGUGCCACCGUCAUCAGCGGAGCAAAUGACAUGGCGAGCCUAUGGCCUAAAUAUAUCAACAUUAAACGUGGUGCUGUUAUCCUCACCAUACUGGGUGGCUGGGCCUUGGUUCCAUGGAAAAUACUUUCCUCUGCAACAUCGCUGCUCAAUUUUAUGAACUCAUUGGGAAUCUUCCUCGCCCCCAUAAUGGGCAUCCAAAUUGCCGACUUCUUUGUCGUCAAACGUCAAGCAAUCGACAUUCCGUCUCUAUACAAGCCUCACGGCCGAUACGCCUACUGGUACGGAAUCAAUUGGCGUGCACUUGCGGCAAUGAUAGCAGCUGUCGGGCCUACUCUGCCGGGGCUAAUCAACGCCGUCAACCCUAAUAUUGACAUUGGAGGUGAUGCAUACAUUACAGAUCUCAAUUGGUAUUAUGGAUUCUUCAGCUCCUUUGGUGUUUAUUCAGUCGCGAGUCUGCUGGUACCUGCUCGUGAGUCGCUCGUUCCAAAGAUGCUGCUGACAUCCGAGGAAUUGAUUGAGAAUGGGGAUCGUUUUUUGCAAGAAGAGAAGAAGAACGAGAAGGAGAAGGAGAGAGAAGCUGUCACCGUUUCGCAGGAUAUUUUACAAUAG